GUGGAUUAAACUAAGGUUAUCGUGACGUCCAAUAACAUUGUACUGAUUUAAAAUUGUUUAAUUUGUAAAUACUGGCAAUUUUCUUUUUUCAAAAUGAAGCGAAUAGUAUAUGCCCAGAAAACAACCUUGAAAAUGAUGGCUGUAUGAAGAUUUAUAUUUUAUUGCAUGCUUGUUUGUUGCACCUGUUUCUUAGUAGUUUGCACUCUAAUUUCUUAUAACUGAAAUCAAAUUACUACACUCGUAAUUAUGUUGAGAGACAACAAAUCUUUUCUUUCCAGCAUAACAGCUAAAAGUGGAAAUUCUAGUGUCCGAGAACAGCCGGCCAAAGAUGAGUACCACAUCGUGGAGAUUGAGAAGGAAAUCAACAAUUGUGAGCAGACCUGCAGAACUAUGUGCGCAGAUCUGGAACACUCACCGCUGACCAGUCGAUAUGUAGCGGAGAUCAACCGCAUCUGGGACCUACUGAACAAAUCCCACAACAACAGCAAGAAGCUGGUGGACAUCAUCAAAGACCAGAUACUGACCAUAGCGAACACCAAUGUGAAACUCACAGUGGCCUCCGAGGCUAGCAAGGGAGAGCAGAAGAACAUCGACAAGCUGACUCAGGAGGUACAACGAGCACUGCGAAUGGUGGACACUGCACACACGCGGGAACAAGUGGCGCAAGAAACCAUAGAAAACUUGCGGCAACAAAUCAAUCGGUUGCAUUCAGAGCUGGAGGCGAAGUCGAGACACACGGAUCAGGAGGGGGACUUCAGUGCGAUGGCGAAAACAAAGGAGGCUCAAGCGAAAGAACGCGAGCGCAUGGUGAACGAGAUCCUCAGUCUGAGGGAGAGACUGAGCGCAGCUCUGUCUUACCAAGAGGAACUUGAGCGCAAGAACUCCUCUGCUGAUCUCCGCAUCUCAGAACUUCAGCAGGAGCUGGAGAACCAGAUAAAUGAGAUGUCGAAGGAGUCUCGGUUCAAGGAACGUUUCGAGGACGAGGUUCACAGAGCAAGAAAGGAGUUGGGGGCGAAGGAGAACCAGAUAGCAAUACUGAACGAGCAGACGCUGGAAUUACAAGUGAAAGUGAUGCAGUUUCAGAACACUGUCAAGGAGAUGAAGGCCGUCAGUGACAAACAAGUGCAGACUAUCGAGAACCUGAACCAGCGGCUGAUAAAGGCUCAAGACGAGUACCAGAGAGAGGUCGGGGUGGUGGAGGACUUGAAACAGAUGAUCACUGUCCUCAACAACCAGAUCAAGACGAAUGAAGAGGAGAUAGCGAAACUAGUGUCCGAAGUGGCGAAAACCUCAACAAUCCAGGAGUCAUUCAAGAAGAAGUUGAACAAGAUGGAGGGCAAGCGGAACAUCCUGGAGGAGCAAAAAGCGAAGGUUUUGAUGGAGCUUCAGAUGGUCCAGCGGAGUCUCAAGGAGGAGAAGCUGAGGGGGAACCAAGACCGGAGGAUGCUGGAGAAUGUUGCUAGGGAGAGGGACAUCAUCAACAAGAGUCUCAUCAAAGCCAACUCACUUGUGAGCGAGAAAGAGAGAGUGGCAAAGUUGACUGAUCAAGCCAAGCUCUACCUAGAACAUGAGAUCGACAAUAACAAUGCAGAAAUCAACCGCCAAGUCCAACACAUCACAUCACUGGAGAAAGAAAAAGACCGCCAUGUAGCUGAUGCAGUGAUUCUGACCAAGAAACUAGAAGCAGCGAUCGAGGACAAUAAGCUGCAACAGAUGGCUCUCAACGACUACAGAAAGAAACUGACGGAGACGGAGGCUAAGCUGUCGAUGAAGGUUGCGGAAUGUGAGAACGUCCGAUAUGAGCUCAACACUUGCUGCAAGAAUCUCAAUGAAGCUCAGGAGGACAUAACCGAGUACAAGCACAAGGCCAAGGUGAUGACUCUCCAGAUAGAGCAGCUCAAAGAGGACAUUGCUGGCAAAGAGGUCCAACUGAUGAGAGAGCAACUGGCCCUGCGCAAGGCUCAUGCAGAGAAAGAGGCGAUGCGGGUGGAGACGAUGAAGGUGGAACACGACCUAAAGGAGGCGAAACAGCAGUUGACCAAACUGGAGGCAGAUCUCAUUAGCCAGCUGCACAUUAUACGCGAGGCAGACGCUCAGCGUGAACGUGACCAGAAGGAAAUAGAGCAGUUAACCAAUGCUCGGGACAUAAUUAACGCCCAGCUGGUGAGACGCAAUGAUGAGCUGGCCAUGCUGAGAGAGAAGACCAAGACGCUACAGAGCAGUUUGGACGCAGGGGAGAACCACUACUCCCAGAGACUUGAGGAUAUCCGGAUACUCAAGCUGGAGAUACAGAAGCUCAGCACUGAGAAAGACGUGUUGACACGUAACCUCACCAACAUGGCAGACCUGCGGACAGAGAUCCAUCACCUGGAGAAGGAUAUGAGCAAGGAGCGGCUGAAGGCUCGAGCGCUGGAGGAGGAGCUCCAGAACCCCCUGAACAUCCACCGCUGGAGGAAAUUGGAGGGAUCGGACCCGUCCAAGUACGAGCUACUGCACAAAGUGAAGGUGCAGCAGAGGCGGAUCCUGGAUCAGGCGACCGCACUGGUGGAGGCGGAGCAAAAAUGUGUGGACCUCGAGCGUAGGCACGCUCACCUCGACCAGAUGUUGGCCCGAUACCAGCACCAGCAGCCCGAGAGGGAGAGAGCAGAGAGCUGCAAGCAGCGGCUCACUCAGUCGGAGAAGAAAGUCAAGUAUCUACUCGGGGACCUGCAGAUGAGGAUGGAGCAAGUUAAUGAGUUGAAAAUGGAACUGGAGAAAACUAACAAUGAGAUCUUAUCUUGGAAGGAAAAGUUCUAUGAACAGAAAAAGCUAAUCGAGAAGUUAAAGGGAAAGCCAGUGGAUAAGACGAUUUCUUGCAUAAAGCCAUCAAAAAGUGCCAACGCUCUGGAGGAAAAGGGGAAGGAAGAAUUACCUCCAUUGCCUUUAAAAACUAGAUUCAUGGGUGGAGGAUUUAAUAUAUCUAACAGCUCAAUUUAAAAACUUAAAAAUUGUUAAUAAAUUAUUUUUUACUUUUUGA